AUGCGGCUCUCACUUGUGUUAACACUGCUGUCAGCGGUUUUGCUGGGAAUAUUCGUUCAAAAAACACGUGAGUUCUUUUUUUUUGAUUUUUUUGGAGAAAAUUCCAGAUCCAAAGUCAGAAAUAAGCCAAAAGGCAGAGAAACUAUUAGAAUUUCGCAUAAUGUAUUUGAAAUAAUAACUCUUCUUUCAACUAUUUUUUUCGUGAAGUACCUUCCAGAAAAAUUGGUUUAUAAAAGAUGAUUUGGAAGUUUGAUUUCUUCUUUGCGACUCUCGCAAAAAAACGCGUGUUUUUUUAUGCUGAAAAAAAUUGUUUCAGAGUCGGAAAACGGAGAAAUACUUCGUUUUUGAGCAUUGAAAGUUUGAGAUAAGUUCGUUUUAUAAGAAUAAUUCAAAGUGUUAGCCUAAUUUUUUUCUGUUAAACAUUUUCGACCGAAAAACUGAUGAAAAAAAUAAUUUGUUUUAUAAGAAUAAUUUAAAAAAAUACCAGUCGACUUUUGUCCCUUCCGGUGAACUCAUUGAGGGCUGAGAGUGAAGCCGCUCUUCUUGAGGUAGACUGAAAAUAUUUAAUUUUGACCUGUCUCCGUGUGUAAUGAUGAAUUAAUAUUUUUUUCGUUAGGAAAUUGAAAAAUCAGCUGAAGUUAGCAUUAGAACACUAAAAAAUAUAUUUCGUUCUGACUAAUUUUGAUGAAGAAAAUCUUAAAAAUCUUGGGACUCACCAAAGAGUGCGGGACAACGAAGGCGUGUUAAAUCCGCUCAUAUUUUGUUAGCCUGAAAAUAUUACUUUUGGCUUGUCUUUGUACAAUGAUGAAUUAAUAUUUUUUUAGUUAGAAAAUUGAGAAAUCAACUGGAAUUAGCAUUAGAACACUAAAAAAAUAUAUUUUGUUCCGGCUAAUUUUGAUGAAGAAUCUCGCAAAAAAAUCGGGACUUACCAAAACAUGCUGGACAACUCAGCGUGUUAAACCCGCUCAUAUUUUGUUAGCCUGAAAAUAUUACUUUUUGUCCUGUCUUCGUGUAUGAUGGAGAAAUAAUUUUUGUUAGGAAAUUGAAAAAUCAGCUGAAGUUAGCAUUAGAACACUAAAAAAUAUUUUUUGUUCUGACUAAUUUUGAUGAAGAAAAUCUUAAAAAUCUUGGGACUCACCAAAGAGUGCGGGACAACGACGGCGUGUUGAACCCGCUCAUAUUUUGUUAGCCUGAAAAUAUUACUUUUGGAUUGUCUUUGUGUAUGAUGGAGAAAUAAUAUUUUUUUGUUAGGAAAUCGAGAAAGUAUAGUCAAUGUUUCCCGACUUGAAAGGCGAGGGAGGCGGAGCAAGGGGCGGGACGCGUAGCGUGUGCGUACGCGGUUCUUGGCACGAGUUCAAUUCAAUUGUCGCCGACUAUUUAAAAAGCUCGGCAACCGCUCUUUUUCAAUGUUUUUCUACUAUUUUUUUGAUGCAAACAUGGAUAUAAUCAAUAAAUAAUUGAAAAAAAGGUAUGAAAAAGAGCAGAAAACGGGCUUUUUCAAAGAGUCGAUGGCGGUUGAAUUGAACACGUGCCAAGGACCGCGAACGCACGCUACGCGUCCCGCCCCUUGCCCCGCCUCCCUCGCCUUUCAAGUCGGGAAACAUUGACUAUAGCUGAAUUUAGCAAAAAAAACUUACCAGUAAUCCCAAACGAUUCGAAGGAACCACGGCUUGUUAAAUCCGCUCAUCUUUUAUUAGCCUGAAAAUAUUAAUUUUGGCCUGUCAAAGGGUCAUAAAAAAUAACUAUCUUUGCGUUUGGAGGCAAAGGAAUGAUUCAAAGUUAAAAGAACUAUAAACCUUUAAUAUUUUCAUGACUAUUUGAGACGGAAAACUUGCGAAAAAAUCAGUUUCUUAAAGUUUAUUCAAAAGUAUACCAUGUGUUUUCUGCUCCCUGCGACAAAUCCGGGCAUUUGUCGCUCGGUAUGAACCCGCUCAUCUUUUAUCUUUCUGAAAACAACAAUUUAGCAUUUAUAUGAGACUAUAACGACAUAAAGAGUUAAUUUUAACAAUAGCAAAGAACUGGCUUCCGGUUAUUUAAAAAAAAAGUUUUAUUUGGCGCUUGUUCGAAACAUCUCCUUUAAAUGAAAAAUAAUCAACGAACUGGUUCAAACUAUUUAGAAGGGACUUUGAUUAUGCAUUUGGCUUACUCAUUUUGAAAGAAACUGUGGAAAAAUCAAUAUUUUCUCACACGAAAACAGCGGUUUGCCGCUGAAAGAAAAAUUAGAAAGCCUAACAAAACAUGAUUUAUUUCGCAAUUUAUCUUUCCUUGUUAUGUAAGUUAUCAUAGUUCUUUUUGUUUUUUUGACAUGAAAAUGAUAAAAUUAUUAAAGGAAAUAACGAAAUUAGGAAGGAAGUAUAUUUCGCUGAAACAACACAGCUUCAAUUGACCAAAAAUUCUUUCACUUGUCAUUUUGAAAGAAUUUUUUUGAAAAUAGGAAGUUUACAGAUGCUGCUCUCGCUGCCAUGUCAAUCGACCUUGGUUCUCAAUUUAUCAAGAUCGGAAUCGUGAAACCGGGAGUACCUAUGGAUAUCGUUUUGAACAAAGAAUCGCGAAGAAAAACGCCGAAUGUCAUCGCAUUCAAGGGAGAUGAAAGAUUUUUUGCUGAAGCGGCCGCGGCUAUGGUUUGUUCACAUUAAAAAAAUAACAUAAUGUUUUUUUCAAUUUUUGGGAACUUUAUAGAAACUUCUGUGAUAAAAAAAUGAUGAAGAGCUUCAGGUUACCAAAAAAAUCAUGUGAAAAAUUUUUUUCAUAAUUGUUUUUUUCACCAAUUCUUUUUGAUUUCAAAACAACUAUUGUGAUUGAUUAUUUGACGGAAAAAGGUUUUUUUGCUUCCUCUAAAAAAACAUUCCGGUUUCUUGUUUGAAAAUUUAUCAUAAAAAUAUUAAAAAAAAUUUUUUAUCAAAAUUUGAGUAAUAAAAAAUGAAUCACCGAUUGUUUAUAUUAAUGAAGUGAAACAGUAAACUAUCUAAAAAAAAUUUUUUUCAUAAAUUGUUUUUCAUUAAUAAAAAAAUAUAAAAAAAGGACAGUUAAACCUAUUCCUAAGUCGUCUUCGGGCCGGAGCCACAAAAUAAAAAGGAUUUGGGUUCGCUCCGCAGUUAUCCAAAAAUUUAAUUACCCUGAACUCAACAAAAGUUUAAAAAUUUAAUCCAUCGAAAAAAAAUUUUUCUCUGAGAAAAAAAUAUUUCCGAGUUGUGUGCCUUUCAGAAAGAUAAUUUAUUUUUCAUCACGAAAAAAAGGUUCAGAAGUCAUAUUUCGAUUUACUCAAACUUUUUAACCUUUCGAGGUCUCAAUAAAGCUUUUACUGGCGAUAAAAUUCGUGUUUUUGGCACACAAUUUUGAAAUAUUUUUUACAGUGAAGAAAUGUUUGAUAGAUUAAAUUUCCUAUUUUUUUUUGUUGAGUUCAGGUUAACUAUAAUACUCACCUUCAACUGCUCUCUUCAAGUACGUCAGCAACUUUUAUCAAAAAAUCGUCCUCUUUCGUUUCGAAAAGCGCCUCGUUUUCGGCUUCAGCGUCUUUAUUCCCUCUCUCUGUUCGUCUUCCGCCAAAACGUCCCAUUUCGGAGCGUGCCUCUGAAACCAGAAAAAUUAAAUCUAGUUCAACGUAAGUUGAAACGCAGUUGAAAAUGUACGGAGCCUUAAAAAGAUACCGCAUAGGUUAGCUUUUGCGGGAGGAGCAGAGUGGUUGGAUUUUCUAGGUAGAAAUCAUCAGUGUGCCAUUCGCAUGAAUGCACUCGGUGGUUUCCGUUCGCCUGCAAUUUUCAAGUUUCCUGACAAAUAAAAGUGUUCGUAUUUGAAAUGAUCUUUCAAAAAUUUUGACAGAUCAAAAAUUUGACCAUCGGUCUCAUAAUGGCCUUUUGAGAGUUUUAAAAGCAUUUUAAGACAUCUGUCAAAAAUGAUACGUCCUAUUUUUAGUAUUCAUUGAGCCAAACUGCAAAAAAUUAAUAUUUCAAGUGACUUUUUAUGGAAAUGUUGACAACAAGAUUGGUCGAAAGAUUAUUUUUGCAGACUCUAGUUGGCAAGUAUAAAUCUUGAUUGAUCUUUUUGACCUUGAUCAGUGUUUUCUACAUAUGAAACAACCGUGUUUUCUCAAGAAUAGCCGAUUCUAGGGAUUGGAAGAAAAAGAAAGAACAAAUUUUCUGAGUUUGCUGUUCACUUGCCAAAAAAGCAACCAUGAAAACGUACUAGAGUUGUGCGCAGCCUUGUUUUUCCUCGUCUCGCCCUUCACAACAGCCCAGAAGCCCGGCACUUGGCGUGCUUUGGAAAGUAGUCCGAGUCUUCGAAGAGGUCUUCUACUUCGUGGUCGUCGUCGCUGUCAUCGCUGGUAAAAACUGCUUUCUCCCGGUGCCGACGACGGUUGUAUUCCUCGCGAGCUGGCUCUCCUCCUCUACACUGGAAAAAGUUGUUUAACUACUUGAAGUUGAACUACCUAUCAGUGUUUCUUUUUUGAUGACCCUUUUUGUUGAAAAACAGGGAAGUGAAGGGAAUAGCAGUAUUCGGGUCUCUUGUACGAAGGUGAACCUCGAAAAAUUGGUUGAAAUAUUUUCUCAAAAACUGAUUCUACUCGAAAACAAACUUUUCAGUCUUUUUCUAGAUGUACAAUUCAAAGGUAAAAAUAAAUAUAACAAAUUUCUCCAAUUUAGAAGACUGGUUGGAGAAACGGCAAAAGUAUAGUAACAAUUUCUAAAACGAUUUUUCAUUAUUUGAAACAUCUCAAAAAAAGGAAAGUUAAACCUAUACUAUGGUUUUCAGGCCUCAUCUCACCCGAAAUCUGCCUAUUCGUUCCUACUUUCUCUCAUCGCCAAAAAAGACGGCGAUCCGUUCAUUCCGAAGUAUCAGGAAGCUUUUUCCUUUCACUUCCUUUACAUUCGAUGAAACUAGAGGAACUGUCGUUUUUUUCCGUACUCGUGAGUUUUUACUUUAAAAAAAGAAAAUACAUUGACCUGUUCAGUUUUUUUCAACUCCAAACAUGAAUCUGUAAGGGUCCUUUGCAGGCUUCCUUCUAAAAACCAAUGUACCUCUCCCUAUAGGGGUCACUAAAGCUUGUAAAAUGAAUUUUUAUAAUGGAUAUGCUACUCGAUUAUUUCGAAGAAUCCCCUAAGAAGCAUUACCUUUUGAUAAGGUUCGAUGAAGUAAAGUUACUUUAAUGAAAAAAAUAUCAUCAAAGAAAUGUUUUUUUAUUUCCCAGAGCAGAACAAAAGCCUAAAAGACCUUAUAAGGACUACUUGGGUUUUAGAGGCUUUGGCAUUUAAAUCCAAGUCCCUGAAGGAGCCUCUACACUUUCGACCUGAAAAAAAGACCCUUUUUCGUCCCCUGUUGAGGAUUUGUCUCCAAAACUUCUAUAGGGACCACUCUGGCGUUUCUAAGAAUAAUAAUUUUCCUUUGAAGGGAGACGAAAUACAACGUGGAAACUCUUCUUGCAAUGAUUCUGUGGUCAGCCAAGCAGACUACUGAAGCUCAUGCUGGACAAUCUGUCAAGGUUUUAUUCUAUUCAACGAUUUUUUCCAGAGGAUUUCUCAUGAGUAAAAGUCAAAAAAAAACCUUUUUUUUUCUCAGGACGUUGUCAUCACCGUCCCGAUCUUCUUGAAUCAGGCAGAACGACGGGCGAUCGCUACAGCUGCUGAUAUCGCUGGCUUGAACUUGCUUCAGGUAUUUUUCAUUUCACCUGAAAUCCAAUAAUAACUAUCAUGGUACAGCUUCUCAAUGACGGAUCAGCAGCGGCUUUGAAUUACGGCGUUUUCCGAAGGAAGGAGAUCACGGAGACUCCACAGACAAUGCUCAUUUACGACAUGGGAGCGCUCAAAGUUCGUUGAAGUUAUUGAUUUUUGAAAAAAUGGAGAGUGAGGAAAUUGAUGAGAUUCAAGGAUAGAAAAAGAAAAUUGUUUUGAACAAAAAAUUGAAAAGCACAAUUUAAAAGAGAAAUAAAAAAAAAUGACUUGUUCAUUAUUUAAUGAAAAAUUGAAACAGGAACCGUGUUUUGCUAGGCCACGUCUCACUGAACUACUUUAGAGUUAGUCAGGCUUCUCAGCAGGUUAGAAAAAAUUAGUUCAAGAAGAAAAAGUGAGCAAGCUGUGUUUAUUUCGAAUCCCUAAAACCCAGCUGUGAAAAAAAAGUGCCUCAGCCGUAGUGUAAAAGCCAAAUGUUGUACAAGUUUUGUACGGGUUGAUGGAGGUGAAGUGUAUGCAGACUCCGGUUUUUUUUGUGCGCCAUUCCCGUUAUUGAGGAACCGUUUUGCGCCGUUGUUUUACACUAUUUUAUCGCUUUUUUGCUAUUCGUGUACAUUCUUUGUGUAUUAAAAAUUCUACCAGUCUCUCUUCAAAUUGUUGUAACGCGCGCUGAUCUGCCGUUUUUCUUCUAAGAAAAGGAAACAGCGUCUGCAUACUCGUUGAUUACACGCAAAGGCGCAUUGUGAAUCGGCGCCAAUUUUGAAAGGUCUCCUGAAAUUGGCGGCCUUGUCCUAAACACGCAUGAGAUUUGAAUAACUUUCUCCAAUUGAGAAAUCCAAAAAACUGCAAAGACGGAUUUCCGCCGUUUGCGUGAUCAAUAAUUCAACAGUAAACUGUUCGUAAACAUGUGCCUGUUUGGCUUUUCGAUUUCAUUUCGCCUUAAGUUUGUUGAAAUGUCAAUUUCUUGUGCCUGUAGCGUUCUUUUUUUGAAAGUUAAAAUGAUAUUAUGCUUCGCUUCAAAAUGAAUAAAACGUGUUAUCAAUUUUAAAAAAAGCGUGCAAAAUUUUUUUUCCCAUCAUAUAUUUAACUUUUUUUUUGAAAUUUCUUGUCCUUUUAUUAAAUCAAUUUGAUUUGACGUAAUCGUAAGAUUAUCUCCAAAAUUUAAGAAAAAUUCAGUGAUUUUCACUCAUUUUUUUGUUCAGACAACAGCCACAAUCGUCGAAUAUGUACUGGAAUCUACUCGAAAAGACGGAAAAGAUAAGCAACCUGCAGUGAAAACCAUUGGAGUUGGUUUCGACAAAACUCUUGGAGGCCUUGAAAUCACUACACGUCUUCGAGGCCACCUCGAAAAGGUGACUUUAAUUUGAAAUUGCGCCCAAAAUCAUCGAAAAUAAAAAAACAGGUAUUCCGCAACACGGUCAAAACGACAACCGAUAUCAAUACAAACGCUCGUAGCAUGGGAAAAUUGCACAAGGAAGCUGAACGAGUGAAACAGGUAUCAUUCAUUUAAAACUAAGAUGAAAGCAAAAUUUCCAAACUUCAGGUUCUCUCCGCGAAUAAGGACACUUACGCUCAAGUUGAAGGUCUUCAUGAGGAGCACAAUUUCCGCGCCAAGGUGAAAACUAACGAAACGAUUUUUUUUUGAAUAAUCCUAAUGUUAUUCAGGUUACUCGAGAAGAGCUGGAAGGUCUUAUUACUGACCUCGAACCAAGAGUUGCGGUGCCAAUCAAGGAUGCUCUCAAAAUGGCCAACAAACAGAUUUCUGAGGUAAUUUCUUCAAAGUACAGGUUCCAAGUGGACAGCUGAAAUUCUGAUGAACGUUCGCAAAAAUUUUUUCCGAUUCUAAGUUGUAUAAAACUUGCCUAAAAGUUUGUUCUUUUGACAUGUUCUUCAGCCUUAAAUUUGUGAUUCCUGAAUAUGAAUGGAAAAAGAGAGUUUCGCUGUCAAAACGACAUAAAUUGAUCAUAAGGAAAAAAUUAAAACGAAUCUUCAAUUUCAAAUUAUGGUUCAAAAGUGGGGAAAAAGAGAAAAAAAAAAAACUUUGCAAUGUAUUCAUUGUCAAAUUUCCAGUCAGUCCCCAAGGAAAAUCACAUGUUUAAAAAAAAGUUGUUCACAAAAAAAAUGUUUCAGAUCGAUUUGAUAGUACUGAUGGGAGCCGGAACUCGUGUGCCUAAGGUCAAAGAGAUCCUCAAAGAGUUUGUCGGAGAUAAGGUGGGCUUUUUCUUAACUCAUCAGCCAAAACUUCAGAUAAUUUAAAUGAUUUCGAAAAAAAAGACGUUAUUUUAUCUAAUGAAAUGGCUCUAUGACAAAAAUCUCUACAUAAGAAUCAGGGACCUCGAAGUAAAUUUCAAAUGUAAUGAGCAUAUGUCAAAUUUGCAUUUAUUUGCACCUGCAAUUUUCAAGCAUAUUCAAUUGAAAAUAAGCCGGACAAAAGGAUAUUUUCGAACAACUGAGGAUAAAUAUAGUCAAAGAUCGCACUUCAGGAAUUGGGCAACUUUUUGAACACUGAUGAAGCUAUCGCCCUUGGAGCCGUCUACCAAGCCGCCCACCUUUCCAAGUCCUUCAAAGUUCUUCCCUUGACUGUUCACGAACUUGUCAUUUCUCCAAUCCAGGUUUCAUUCUCAAAUCCACGAAAAAACUUUUAAUAUGAUGUUCAGGUUAAUUUUUUGACAAAAACUGAAGAUGGAACACUGAAACCAGCGGCUCGUACACUUUUCGCCGAGGGAACUUAUUACCCAACUUCCAAUAAGAUUAUCAAUUUCAACUCCUAUGAUGACGACUUUGAGGUAUUUUCAGCGGAUAAAUUAUUGUAUUAUCGAUUAUUUUCCUCUAGGUUCGAGUUUCUUACGGUUCUCGUGACGGUGCGGGAGUAACUGGAAACAGUGGCGACAUUUCGUUGAUCGAAGUUCGGGGAGUGAAAGCGGCCAAGGAAAAGGAACUUAUCGAUGAGAACUCUGAGUACAAGGUUAGACAAUUAGAUGUACCAGUUGAAGUUACUGAAAGUCUCGACCAGCACUUUUUUCUAGUUUUGAGAAAGGACGCCUCAAAGUUUAAAAAACUCAAAAAUCUGUAAACUCAGGCUUUUUUGAGCUUUGAGCUGCUAUUUCUCAAAAAAAAAAAUUGUACAGAUGAAGACUUUCAGAAUCUUAAUCUUCAACAUUAAGAAGUCGUUUGACCAAUUUUAAGGGGAUUCACAACCUAGAUAGAAAAUGACCCUCCUUGUAAGAAUAAGAGAAAAAUCAGUUGUUCAUUAUAUUCUUUAUCAAACAAACAACGCGAUAGAUCAUAUUGGUUUUGGUAAAUUCUAGCUAUCAACGCUUUUUUUUCGACUCCUAAUACUAACAAACUACUUUUCAGGGUGUUCGUACCAGUUUUGCGAUUGAUAACUCUGGAAUCGUUUCUGUCGCGAAGUCGACAGUUGUUGUCGAACGAAAACCAUCGGCUGAAGGUUCAUUUUUCUUCUUUUUCAACUAUGUUUUUCAAAAAUUUUCGCACUAUUCCACUUUUGAUAAAUUGCUUACAGAGCUAUCAACAUACGAGACCCUGAAAAAUGAGUUUGACGAAUGGGAGAAGGAACAGGAGGAAAUCAAGAAAAAAGAGAAGGAGGAGAAAAAGAACAAAAAAGAGAAGAAAGAGGACAAAGUGAAGGAAGAAACCGAUGGAGAGAAUAAGGAAGAAAACUUGGGUGCCGAGAACAAAACUGAAGAGGAAAAGCCGGGAAAAAAUGAAACUGAAAAGGUAUUCAAAAAAGGUCCUUUGCAGUAAAAUCUGUUUUUUCAGGAAGAGAAACAGACGAAGAAAGAGAAGAGAACCAAACCGGUUGAGCCAAAAAACAAGAACAUCAAGGUAGAAAAUACACCAAAACUUCAACUUGUACUUUCAAAUGUUCCAGGUCAACUUGGAAGUCAACUCGAAAAGGGUCGACAUCCAAGACAUUCCCAUUGAAGACAUUGAAGCUGCCAAGAAAACGUGAUAUUCACAACUCGAACCGAAAUAACAUUUGAAUUUGAUUUAGAUUGGCGGAUUUUGAAAAGGCUGAGAAGGAUAAACACGACCGAGAAGAAGCCAUGAAUUCCCUGGAAGGACUCAUUUAUGACCUGGCUGUGAAACUUGAAGAAGGCGAGGAAUACGCCGAAUUCGUGACUGAGGAGGAGAAAAAGAGCAUUCUUGAUGAAGUACGUUAACACUCGAGACUCUUGAAAAUGACCAAGUAAAAACCGAACAAUUUUCUGAAAUUAUUUUAUCUCUUUCAGGAAACUUUAAAAUGGCUUCUUGUUCAAAAAAAGAUGAAAUACUUUUUUAUUAGUGGCAACAAGCCUAAAUGGACAAAUGUAAAGCUAGAAGGUUGUUCUUCCGAAAAUUUCUUUGUUAUAAAAGAAGUUUCUUUGAAUUUCUGAAAAUUCGAAAAAAUUAUUACAAUCCUCGAUUUUAAACUUGUUUUUGUGCUAGUUUUACUGCGGAGAUAAGUAAUAAUAAAAUGAAAACUUUUUUUCUUCAUUCUAUAAAGUAACAUUGAUUCUUGAAACUAAAGCAUUUCUUCUCGAGCUCUGUGUCUUCAAAAACCCAAGAAAGCCUCUCAACCACAAGAAAAGCUGAAAACCCUUAAAAAAAUUCACUUAUUCGAAACAUUUUCCAGCUCGCCGUCCUUCGCACUUGGUUUGAAGACGACGUGACUUUCGAGACUAAAAAGGAAGAGUUCAUUGAACGCAAGAAGAAACUGGACACUCUCACUGAGAAACCGGACAACCGCAAAAAAGAGCGCCUCGAUAUGCCAAAAGUGGUAGAAGCUCUUGACGACACUUUCAAUAGAUCCAGAACCUUCUAUUCCAUGGCUUUCAACCUGACUCAGGUGGAGGUGGAAAGCCCGACCUUCACUUUGACUGAAAUUGAAGUAGGAACUUUAUUCAGAGAUAACCGUAAGAAUUCAAUGUGUUUCAGGUUCUCAGUAAGCUGAUCGACACGACUGAAGAUUGGUGGAGAGAAAAGCAAGAAGUCUACGUCAAACAAGCCAAAAAUGAAGACCCCAUUGUGACUGUUAUGGAAAUCGCCGAGAAGGUUCAUAACUUUUUUCUUAAGUCAUCAAGAAUCAUAAUUUCAGAUCAGAGACCUUGAGCGAGAAGUCAAGUACCUUGUGAACAAAAUCAAGUUGUCGCCGAAGAAAAAGAAGGCUGAUAAGAAGAAGAAGGACGAGAACAAGCAGGAGAAGACCAAUGGCACCAAGACGGAAACUGAAGAGGAGCCUAAGGUAUCAAAGAUAAAAUUAUAGAUUUCCAUCAAUUUUCAGGCCGAGGAGGGCACCACGACUGAGAAAGUCGAAGAGGAGAAGGAGCACGACCCCUCGGAGCUCUAA